ACUGCGCGUUUCCCCACCAAAUCUCGCGAGCGUUGCUGAGCGGUGGCGUUGUUCGGGCGAGCCGACGACGAGACCGUAGCUGUCUGGAAAUUUGUCUCGUGGGUUGGACUCAAACGUAUUCUUCAUAAUUGUCAUUUUUUUACGUGCGACAAGUUAAUCGUUCCGCAUUUUAACACACGCCAUUGUUAGCGUCCUGAAUCAGACUGGACAAUGGCUGCCGCUGAGGUAAACGGUAGCUCUGCCCUGGUUAAGGAGGAAGAAGAGCCCAUGGAUGUGACAACAACACACACAGAUAACUACCAGACGCUCAUUGAUGCUGGGCUGCCCCAGAAAGUUGCUGAAAGUUUGGAUAACAUUUUCCUGACAGGCUUGGUCGCGUAUGUUGACCUCGAUGAAAGGGCCAUUGAUGCCCUGCGUGAGUUCAAUGAGGAGGGGGCACUGACUGUGCUGCAGCAGUUCAAAGAGAGCGACCUGUCCCACGUACAGAAUAAAAGUGCUUUCCUUUGUGGAGUCAUGAAGACUUACAGACAGAGAGAAAAACAAGGAAGUAAAGUACAGGAAUCCACAAAGGGCCCAGAUGAGGCGAAAAUCAAGACUCUGUUAGAGCGGACGGGAUACACCCUGGAUGUCACCACAGGGCAGAGAAAGUACGGAGGUCCCCCACCUGAGGAUGUGUUCAAAGGAAUACAACCAGGGAUUGGAACAGAGGUGUUUGUUGGGAAAAUCCCAAGGGAUUUGUAUGAAGAUGAGCUGGUGCCUCUCUUUGAGUCGGCCGGUUCCAUCUGGGACCUUAGGCUAAUGAUGGACCCUCUCUCUGGUCAGAACAGGGGUUACGCCUUCAUCACGUACUGCAAUAAGGAUGAUGCACAAAAGGCUGUAAAGCUUUGUGAUAACCAUGAAAUCCGCCCUGGCAAGUACUUGGGAGUCUGUAUAUCUGUUGCAAACAAUCGCCUGUUUGUCGGAUCAAUUCCAAAGAACAAGACAAGGGAAAGUAUAUUGGAAGACUUUGGCAAAGUUACAGAGGGUCUCCAAGAGGUCAUAUUGUACCACCAGCCAGAUGACAAGAAGAAGAACCGCGGCUUCUGUUUCCUGGAGUACGAAGAUCACAAGUCUGCAGCGCAGGCUCGCCGCCGCCUGAUGAGCGGCAAAGUGAAGGUGUGGGGGAACCCGGUCACUGUGGAGUGGGCCGACCCUGUUGCUGAGCCAGACGCCGAGGUCAUGGCCAAGGUCAAGGUGCUCUUUGUAAGAAAGCUGGCCACAUCAGUGACUGAAGAGCUUCUUGAAAAGACCUUCUCUCAGUUUGGAAAGCUGGAGCGAGUGAAGAAAUUGAAAGAUUAUGCUUUUGUCCAUUUUGAGGAGAGGGAUGCUGCUGUAAAGGCAAUGGAUGAGAUGAACGGGAAGGAGCUAGGAGGAGAGGAAAUUGAGAUCGUCCUGGCAAAGCCGCCAGAUAAAAAGAGGAAAGAGCGACAAGCAGCUCGCCAGACCACUAGGAUUUCUGGGUAUGAUGACUAUUACUACUACCCCCCUCCACGCAUGCCGCCACCAGGCCGAGGCAGGGGUCGCGGUGGCCGGGGGGGCUAUUCCUAUCCCCCUGAUUACUAUGGGUAUGACGACUACUAUGAUGACUACUAUGGCUACGACUAUCAUGACUACCGUGGUGGCUAUGAAGACCCUUACUACGGCUAUGAAGAUGUCUACAGCAUGAGGGGCCGUGGUACUCGUCCUAGCAGGGGGGGGCCUCCUCCACCUAGAGCUCGUGGGGCACCCCCGGCGCGAGGCCGUGGGGGCUACGCCCAAAGGGGACCCCCCCUCGGUGGUCCUAGGGGUGGCCGCGGGGGGCGGGGAGCCCCUUUCCAGCCGCAGAGAGGCCGCGGGCCACGCGGGGCCAGAGGAAACCGCGGGGGGAACGUCGGCGGGAAGAGGAAGGCGGAUGUGUUCAACCAGCCUGACUCCAAGCGCCGCCAGACCAACAACCAGCAGAACUGGGGGUCCCAGCCCAUCGCCCAGCAGCCCCUGCAGCAGGGGGCCGACUAUUCCGGUGGUGAAGCAUUGAGAGCCGCAGCGCUAGAAUGAGGAACUCCCCUGAACGGUACUCGAGGGUGAGCUAGCCUUGCACAGAGUACUGUCUCCUCUCCUAGCUAAUGUAAUCACUGGAGAAACACUAGCCGUAAUUAUGCUUUAUUCUUUUAAUUGUUUUCUUACUAAUAUACUGCACUAUGAAUCAAGCUUCUGUUAAUUCAGUAGGAGAGUCAAUUGUUAUUUUCCAGGCUAUGACGAACCUAAGUCAUAAAAGUUGACUGAAGAAUCAUUGGGAAUAUUACAAUUAAAUUUUAUCAGUAUGUUUCUGGGGCUUAAACCCAUGAGGAAUAUGUAUUUCCUUCAGACAUAGUGAAUAUUAUCCCCCUUAGGCAAAAUGAAAAGUCCUGCACAAGCCGGAAGAUCUGGAAAGUGCUGUGAACCCUUAAACCCUGCAAACACCUGUUGCUUGUCUUGGCUCCCUGCACCAAAAUCUUCUCAGCUGUCUACACACACACACACACACACACACACACACACACACUCUGAAAGGGAGGGUGGUGGUGAACGUUUCCCUUCCCACACCGCUAGAGGCAGCAGUUUAACACCAGCACGAAUAAUGAUCCAUUGUUCCUUUUAUCCGACGCUGCAUUUGUUGGGCAUUUCCUGAGCUGGAAAUGCUUUGAGUAAAAUGUAGAUAACACUUUAGAAGCUGUUGUUUAAAUGUAUUUAACUAGCAGGGGCGAUCCGAAUGAAAUACUGAUUAAAUUGGCUGAUGUUGGAACAAUGGCCGUGCCUCUAAACAGAUGUCUGUACAUCAUAACUCCACAAGAUGGCAGUAGAUAGGCCACAGUAUUUAUAUUGCACAGGUAAGGAUGAAAAAGGGAGCACAUGGUAACAUCAGGAAGCUCAUUGUUUCACACGUUUUGUUUUGCAUUAAAGUGCCAUCAAAUGCUGGAGUUUCCUUUACAGUUUCUCACAUCAGAACUGUGUCUCUAUAUGUUGCCUCUUGUCACCAGGCAGUAAAGGAGCUGCCCCAUCCUGAAUGGGUUCACACAAAUGGAAGGGAUGGAUUGGUAAGAUUGUUCAUUAUCUGUACUAAUGCUCAGAAAGUUGCACUAUAUUUCUGCCUCUUUGAAAUGACUAGUAUUUUGGAGCAUAAUGUUUGAUUUCGUUGUCUAUUAAGUUGAAAUGUAUUAUUGCAAAGUUAUUUGUAUUUUUACCUCCAAACACACAGAAACAGAUAUACACAGCCACACAUGGCAGCACCUAACAACAUACAAAUAUUGACAGUACACAAGAAAGUAAUGUAUGCAUUCAAUGAAUUAUCCUUGCAAACUGUUCAAGGCUGCAAAAGGAACAAUUGUUCACCUUUUUAUGAUCUUACUUCCCAGAGCAAAUAUAUUCUGUAACUUUUUUUUUAAAGAUACUUCAUGUUACAUAUCUGGCAUAUACUUUUUUUCAGAUGUUUUAGCUAUUAUUGCAUCAUUUUGAAGAUAAUGGAGUAUGUCUCCUGUGUUUUGAUGGUGGUGAUGGUCAUGUUGAUGCUUAGGAAUGGAUUAACCAUGGUUGGUUAACAUGUCCUUUUCUGUGUGGUCCUUUUCUAGCUCCGAGUCAGGAGACUGCUCGCUGUGAGCCAGAUGGUUUCACAGCGCUCAGGAUGAACUGCAGGCUGGACCGGGGCCAGAACUCGUUGGAACAUGAGCUGAAUGCCCUUUUUCCAGGUCAGCUGCCGACACAGGUGAGAAAUAAUUGUGGAUUAAUGGGUCAACUCUUGUAUUGGAUUAAGUUUUGGCUUGGAGUCUUUAUAUUGCUCAAAUCAACUUCUUGGUGUCCUCAGGUUAAUGACAAGUCUUUAUUGGAUCAAAGACUAGUGCAUAUAAACCUAUUUAUAUAUAUAUGUAUAUAGUACAUAUAUAUGUAUGUAGUACAGCAGUCUUGAGUAAUGUCAUAGAUCUCACGGAUCCUUGGAAGUCUUUACAUUUGUGAGGUAAGACUUGGAACGUUUUAGUAAAUAGACAUUGGUUAUUAAAAAUGCUUGAAUUGAUAUAUGUGCAAAAUAAAGACUUUUAUCAACUCUGUAAA